AAACAAUCGCGUUUGCCGUCACCAUGGCUUGCUAUGAUCUGACGGUAUUUAGUUUGGAAGGAAUUUAUUUUUGUUGUUGGUUUAAAGCGCGAUCUCUGGCGUGACGAACGACAAAUUGUUUAUUGUUUGUAAAUCAGUUGAUUAGUUUGUCGGGAAGAUAUACCUUAACCUCUGUGAAUGUGCCAAGAUAAAGAUAGAGACAGCUAUCGCAAAGAGAGAGAAAGGCAGCUAGACAAGAUAAUCAACGCAUCAGAAUGAAACCCGAGCAGUUGACGUUGGCAGCGCUGGCGCUGGCCACUCUGUGCACCGUCGCCUCGCCUCGGCCGGCCGACCGUUACCGGAACGUGCCGAGCUCGGCGGACGGAGCCGACAGAGCGCACGAGGCCGAUAGAGCCGACGAAGCGGACAGAGUCACUUCGCCUCGGCCGGCCGAUCCAUACCGGAACGUGCCGAGCUCAGCGAACGGAGCGCGCGGAGCCGAUAGAGCCCGCGGAGCUGAUAGAGCGGAUAGAGCCGAUGGAGCCGAUAGAGCGGACAGAGCGACGGACCGUCGGCGACACGCUUGGGCCAGAGGGGAGAGAAGGAAGAGGGGGUAUUCGCCGUGGAUGGUGCGGAGCGAUCGGUAUGAGGGCUACGACAACUACCCCACCUGGCAACAGCAGAUGUACCAACCGGCCUACGUGAUCCCCGUGUUCGCCACGUCUCCAGAGAGGCGGCCCUCUUAUUUCCGGCCCCGGCCCUUCGACCUGAACCCCGGAUUUCCCCCGGACAACCCCGUCAAGAGGCCGUACCGGGGUCCGGGGUAUUUGCCCCCACGGAGGCCUACCACGGCGAAACCGACCACCACUACCACGAAGGCUACAAAGGUGGUCGAUAGAUUCGCCGGUGACGACGACGACGAUAGACCAAUUUGGGGCGGAGCGAUGGACGCCCCCUUGGCAGGAGGGACCCCCACCAGACCCCCUCGGCCCCCCAAUAUGCCCGACUUCCCCCCACUGGUGCACAGCAUCGGCAGCCACGACGAAGAGCCCUUCGUCAACCAGUUGUCCAUGGAUAGCGAGGAGGAGAGCGCCGUGUUUCCCAUCCCUAGUACUGUACGACCUGGUGCACAGCAAUCUACAGGGCGUAGGAUAACCACCACCACUACCAGCACCACCACCACCACGCCACGACCUGAAUUUUCAGGACCCAGCAACUGCGUUUGGGCGGUCGUCUCGUGUUGCUCAGCAGCAUCCAGCCAGGUUGCUGAGAAUUGCUUCGAGCAGCGAGGGUGUCCUGGCCCGUUCUGGGACAGCAGCCCUUGCGAUAGCGAUUUUGCCAGGGCAGCCAUAUCAUCCGCUCUCAACUACUAUAACCAAUUAUAAGGGCACACUUUCAACGUUCCGAACAUUUGCACAGUGAACUUCGAGAAGUUGAAUGAAGCUUUGAAUAGAAGCUUAUUUAUUGUGAAAUUUGACUUAAGCGUCAGGUUGUUUUGAAGAUGAUGAAACAUUGCAUCUUUGAAGAGGGUCAUGUAACUUUCGCUAUCUGUCGAGAGUUUAUUUUAGAACGCUCAAAUUAGGCUCUGUUAUUUGGAAUCCCCAAAUCUUUCUAGAGAACAGUUGUUUUCAUUCCAAUUUCUUACCUAAAUGUCACAAAUUUGAUCGUUCUAUACAAACUUGCAUUUGAUUCAAAUUGAUUGUCAUAUAUAAGAAGGAUAUUGAUUUUGCUUUGAGAAAGAUAAAUAAUGGCCACGUUGGUGAGGGACAGACGACUUUCCCUAAUUGGUAUAACUUGUGCCAAAAGUUUAUUCAAAACAAACUCUCAAAAUAGGCAUAUUCGUAAGAAUUUCCCAGAACUUCGAAAAGAACAGUUGAUUUUGAUCCCAUUCCAAUUUCAUACGGUCUCAAAUUUGAAUGUUCUAUAGAAACCUCAAGUUUUUGCAAUGGAAUCAAAUCACUAAUUGCUAUAUCGUCACCUUGAACUAUAACCAAUGAUAAGCAACUGCGUUUGGACGGUCGUCUCGUGUUGCUUGACUGCAUCCAGCCAGGUGGCAGGGAAUUGCUCCAAGCAGCGAGUGUGCCCUGGCCGUUCACUAUACCCAAUGAGAAAGGCAGGUUUUACGUUGGGAAUGUUUGCACAGCGGUGUUAAAAAGAUGAAGAUAAUUUCAAUUUGCGGUAGCCAGGGUCAUCAUCUGACGUUGUAACUUCAUGAAAACAACGGUCAAUUUAUUCCUAACUACUUUCUUAAAAUGGAAGUU